AUGGCCUUUCAGAACUCUAAUCUCGUCGUAGAUGAAUCAUAUGGACAUCAGGAAAUCACACAUUCCAAUUCCCGGAUCUUCACAACCCUAAUCCUCGAUGAUCAAAACUGUGAUCUAUUUGCUCAACUCCAUGAGAUUCCACAGGGAUAUUCGAUUUCCUCUCCCCAGACUGCUGAUUCUGCCGCUGCCGUCGCCGCCUUUCACCAGGAACUGAAGCGGAAUAAAUUUAAUCCGGAGUUAACUACUUGGGAGAAGCUUCAAGUUAUAGCCGAAACCCUCAAACCCAUUCCCUUCAGGCCCUCUGAAGCCCUUGACUUCAAGAGCCAUGAAUUACUCCUGAGGCGACUCGGGCUUUGGGAUUUUGUUAAUAUCGAGUUUGAUACCACCAUUCGCAGCGAUCUUCUAGCGCAAUUGAUAGCGAGUUAUACACCUAACUUGCGCGGUGGUUACGUGAAUGGCAUUAAGAUAAUGGUGAACAAGGCUGACUUGGGGCGUGCUUUGAAGUUACCAGCGGAAUCCACUGUGGCUUCAACAGAAAAUAUGGUGGAUAUGCCAGAAUUAGGGGAAUCAGUUGCUUUCAUUGAAAAAUUGGUGUUAAUGUGGAUGCUUUUACACGAUAAUGAGUGUAUUAUGCCUCCAGAGGUUUUGACUUGCAUUAGGUUGAUCAAGGAAGGGCAUUUGGAGAUGAUUGAUUGGGCAGGAUUGAUCUGGAGCAUGGUGGAUCGAGAGUUGAAUGCCUCACAGUUAGAGAACUGUUACUAUGCAUCGCAUUUGCAGCAUUUGAUUAAGACACAGCGUAAAGAGUUGCUCAGAGAAGAGUGUAAGGUGGGCGAUGGGGUGAGUAACAAAGAGGAGUUGUUGAGGGAACAUAGUAUUGAAUUGAAUCAGGGGCAAGGUGAUGUUGAAAUUUUUGAAGUGGAAACUGAGCAGGUUGGGAAUGAACACUCAAGAGCUGUUGAGGAUUUUAAGGAAGAAUCUGGACAGUGGCCUUUAUUGCGGCAAUGCAAUGUUGGCGACUUGAAGGGUUCAGAGGAAGAACAAUUUGUGGGUGAGGAUGAGGAUGAGGAUGAGUGCAUUCUUUUAGAGGGGACUUCUCCAGAAAUUUCUUCGCCGGGAAUGCCUUCUGGAGGUUUCAUUCAGGCAAUGGAAGCAGGGCAAAUGCCUUUUAGUUCUGGGAAUGGGCUGAACGGCAAUUCUGAAGAUUUUUUUGCCUACAGAGAAGAUGCUCAAAUGGUUUCUGGACCGUCGCUAUUUGGCAAUGGUCACAAGAGAUAUGUUGACCAGGAUGACCAUAACUUAUAUCGAUCUCCAACUGUUAGGAACAAGAGACUGAGAAGUGAUGGCCUCUGGGAUGCUAAGCCAGUGGACUUUAACAUGUGUAUGGAGCACAUGCAACAUUUGAUGGGAGAAGCUAGAAUGAUGUACGUAACAAAAGCACAGGCUUGUGAAGAAUCUUCCAUGAAUGAGCAAAUCUUGCUUAAUGAGCUGCAGAGUCGUGAUAAGAUGAUCGAGGAUUUGCGUAAGGCACAUGUGGAAGAGAGUCAAAAGGGCAGACUGGGGGUAUAUAUGCUUGAGAGGGAACUGAAUAUGAUGGAAAAUCUCUUGGAGGGCUACAGAAAAGCCUUAAAGGAAACGCAGCAGGCAUUUACUGAAUACAGGAUCCGUUGUCAACAAGCCAGUGAACCUCUUUACAAGGACGUUCCCGGUUCUGAGGGCCUUGUUCUGAGCAUAAUGGAACUAGAACAGGAACGUUUGAAGCAAGAACAAGAACAACAAAUGAAGUCUUUGGUGAUUGACAAGGCUGGAUAGGUAGGCUAGAAGACCAUCAGAAUAGAAUUCAUCACUAGAGGGAGGGUUGAUGGUUGUUGAGGAUCAAGCAAAACUCUUCAAAAAGGUCAAUGCUAAAGGCUGGCUUUUGCAUUCUUCAGGACUUGCACCAGUGAAGGACGAACUGUUUACCAUGGUUUAUCUUUUUCGUUUGCAUGCCUUAUCAAAGCAGUUCAAAGUACAAUACCAUGUGGUUGGUCAGUAAAGUACAAUAGCAAGGGCAGGACAUAGGUAAAUUUGCAGUUAGUUUAUGAGACCAUCAAUGACUUUGGUAAAUUUUUUCUUGUAACAUUGUUAGAUCGAAUCCCCCAAGUUACGAUCGUCUCUGACUGUUUUCUCCGCUUUGCAAAA